AAUAGGAGCUGACCCACUUUAUCACAGAGUCACAGUUACUCCUUACCACAUGAGAGGGAGUGCUGUUGUUCUGGAUAUCAGCCACAACAGUUCUGUCAACAACACCAAGGGCUCACACACACACACACACACACACACACACACACACACACACACACACACACACACACACAUGGCUGAGUGCAAGUAUUUACUCAAAUAGUUAUACAAUUCAACAACUCAACUGUUGUUUAGCCACCUGCGCUCUUGCAGAAGAGUGUUUUCAUACAAGCUGUGAAAUUGGAAUAGCUGUGUGGUCUUGUGGUGUCAAGUUGUCAAGGACAAGACUGACAGUAUGUGCUCUCAUGCUACCAGGGUACCCUCUGGAUACACUGUUGAGAGGGAAGUGAUGCACGUUGUGGAAAGUCCAGUAAUGUUGAUCUCUCUAUGAGCUGUGCAGCCAAGCCACUCAUUCACUCAGGUCUCUUCGUUGGAUCUUAUCGUUUUACAAUUGUGUUUAUGAUAUUUUAGAGUACCACCUAGCAGCUGUGUGACCUCAUGAAACUGACUCCUGGAGAGUUUUAGAUCCUGCUGCAUCGAUUACAUAAUAAAGGUGAGUGUUUUGAUCUUUCUUUUCACCCACUGCCCUCAUUCACUUCUCUUCAUUCAUGAGUUACAUAGGAUCCAGCAUACAAACUACAAACUGGCAGGCUGGCUGUGAAUCCGUGGCACUUUUCCAGCUGACUUACACAAGUGUUUUCCUCGUGUUAACGUAACAAGCUUCAUAAUUUAUGAGGAAGAGUUUAGGUCAAAACACGCAAAAGGGGAAUUAGGCUCAGACGAGAAUCUAAACUCUAGUCCGGCCCAUAACUAGCUGUCAUCAAACACAGCAUGAAUAAAAGCAUGAUGUCAAAACUGUCCGUACAAACAAGUUCCAAGUUUGACUUAUAGAGGUAACAGGACUUGUUCAGUGGUUCAUUUCUUAGAGCAGGCCUUAUUAAUAAUCUCAUAGAAACUCCACCUGGAAGAAUUUCUGUAACUUUGAAAUAAGUAGAGUCAUACAUAAACUUUACAUAAGCUCAUGAGAGAGGAUGUAGAAGUUAAAAUAGUGUAUGCCUAAUCAUUUGUAAAAAGAAGGAGCAAAGCAGUCAUACACAUGCUUGAUGGUACUUCAACAAUUUUAGUUUUAAUAAAACUAGAACAGAAAGUAAACCAUAUUCUGGGUAACUAGCUGUCCCUGCUGUGCAGCUCAUCAGCAAUAUAACCUCAGAUGAACUCAUCUGAGCUCUCCAAACAGUCUUUUCAGGAUUAUGACCUUUAUCCCUGUACAGUCCCUUCUCAACAUCUGUAUUUGACAUCCAUCGGGCUUAUCUGUCUGUCAGUGCACUCUGCAGCAGUGGAUAACUAUGGCUCUCAACAUUCCAGGUGUGGUUGUAGUGGUGCUGUUCUAUAUCCUGAUCCUGGGGACAGGGAUGUGGGCUGCCCAAAAGUCCAGGAGGGCUGAGAGGACUUGCCGAGGGGAUAGGACAGAGGUGGUGCUGCUGGGAGACAGAAAUAUAAACUUGGUAGUUGGAAUUUUUACUAUGACUGGUAAGAGUCAGAACCUUUGCAGGUCUUCAUUGAUUGUAUGUGUUUUUACUGGCAGAACAUGAAUACGUUUCUAAGAUGACAUGAGUUUAGUAGUAAUAGUGUGCAGCAGAGCUGCUCCAGAUGCUUGCCGAAUAAAAAUGCUAAAUAUCUGUGCUUCAAGUCUCUGCGUACAUGAGUAAUUAAAAAAGCUGCAAAGGAAAGAGUGUAAGGGGGAAAGUUACAGUAUAUCUUGGUUUAUGUGCAUAUGUCUGUGUCAUUAUCUCAUAGCUACGUGGGUUGGAGGCGGUUUUAUCUUGGGUACAGCUGAGGCAGUCUAUUCUCCUAAACUGGGCCUGAUAUGGGCCCUCAUGCCUGUGCAAUACUCGGUGUCCUUCGUAAUAGGUAAGUCAUGAAAGCAGUGAGCUGCGCUGACUGUCUGAUGCUCAUUUCAGGACUUAAGUUCUAUUUUUGUGAGGCUCAUCUGAUCUACACUUACAGUAAAGAGAGAAAAUAUACAGGGAUAAGAAUUUAGUCCAGGAAGAUCAAAAACAAUCAAUAUUUCAAACCAGUAAAACUGCAACAUUGCAAAACGAUAAAUGAAGUCAUAUGUUUAAUAAUCUAUUUACUGCACAAGGUGGACUUUUCUUUGCCAAGCCGAUGAGAGAAAAGAAAUAUAUCACCAUGAUGGACCCGUUCCAGAUCAAGUACGGAAAAGUACUGAGUGGUGCUCUGGUGCUGCCCUCCUUGCUGGUGGAUGUGCUGUGGGUGUCCUGUACUCUGCUGGGCUUAGGUAAACAAACAAGACCAGAGUUGAAACACUCUCAACUAGUGGACACAAUGAAAGAGUUUUAAACUCCCUCUCUCUCUCUCUCUCUCUCUCUCUCUCUCUGCGUGGUGGUGGGGGGGUCCACCAGGAGCGACUAUGAGUGUGAUACUGGACUUACCCUACGGCUAUUCUGUCUGGAUCUCAUCAGCUGUGGCCAUCAUCUACACUCUUUUAGGAGGCCUGUAUUCAGUGGCUUACACAGAUGUCAUCCAGCUCUCUCUGGCUUUCCUCAGUUUGGUGAGUUACACUGCCUCCUACUGCACAACACUCAUUCAGAAGUUUGACACUAGGCUACUCCUUCAUACUGUACAUCUGGAGCACAAAUCAAGCUUCACUAGCCGUCAUACAUACAACAACGUUUACUCUUGGGUCCCCAUGUGUGAAGCCUGCUGGUUUGUUCCCAAACUUCAGUUCGGUAUCAACAAUGUUCUUUGAAGAGAUAUUUCACUGUUUUCAAAGUGGGUUGUAUGAGUUACAUAUCACCAUCAAGUAUCAUCUGGCUUCGCUUGAUAGCAGAUGCUUUGCUCCUUUCUCUCAGCUUUGCUUUCCUUACUUUCUUUUUUUUUUUUCACUGCUAUUUCUUUCCUUUUAUGGACUUUUAGUCCUGGAUAUAUAUAUUUUCUGCAGUCUAAAGAUUAAAUUGUCCAAAGCCAUGUUUCAAAGGUUUUUACGGCUUUUUUCAAGACUUUGUGAACGUGGCCCACCAUCAGCUCAAGUCUGCACUACAGCAAGUUGAUAUAGCGGGAGCUAACUAGCAACAGGAUGCUACCCUUCACCCCUGACAAUUUCAUGGACGAUUUUGUGGACAAAUGCCACAAAUUUGUGCAGGAGAUCGCUUUGUUGGAAACCAAAAUCCACAGAUUAGAAGUUAAUGUGGAGGUUAACGGACUGUGUGGAAAUGAAACCACUCUUCCUUUCAGUGGACAAGAGAAUGCUAACACACAGCUACUUAACACUUAUAAGAAACAGGAGAGCUGUGACCUCCACAAUAUAUCUUCACACAGAAGUCCUCCCUGGAAUACUCUUGGGGCAAAGAUCUCUGCUCCUUGUAACAUGAGUGGAAGAAUAACAGGAAGAACCGUCCACCCAGAGAUUUCUGAUGCUAUCAGCUGGCCAGCAUUACCAUCCUCCUCCUCAAACAGUCAGCCCACAAAUGUACAAAUACUGCUCCUACCAUAUUAAAUCUAACAGUAUUCAAUGUCAGGUCAUUAUCAGGCAAAUCAUUUUUAAUUAACAAAUACGUUGUUCAGAACCACCUUGACUUUAUGUUCUUGACUGAAACUUGGUUAGGCCAAGAUAACAGUGCAACAGUUCUCAUUGAAUCAAUGCCUCCUAACGUCAGCCUUAUGAGUGAAGCUAGUGUCGGUAAGAAAGGAGGUGGAACCACCAUUUUGUCUAAUAAAAAUUUUCAACACAGGAAAAUGUUGUAUGGAAACUUCAACUCCUUUGAAUAUGUUGCUGUUCAGUUGAGAGCCUCCUGCCAUGCAGUAUUACUCCCUAUCUACAGGCCCCCCAAACAUAAUGCACUGUUUUUUGAUGAGUUUUCCAAACUACUGUCUAUUAUCUGGAUUGAGUUUAACUGUGUGCUUCUAGCGGGUGAUUUUAACAUUCAUGUUGAUAAUGUGACAGAUGGGUGUGUGAAGGAACCCUCAAUUACUCUGGAUAUCUUUGGACUCUCUCAGCAUGUAAGGGAUCCAACAUAUAACAAGGGGCACAUUUUAGAUCUCAUUAUCUCCAAGGGUCUAAACAUUUCUGGUGUUGUGGUGAGUGAUAAUGCUCUUUCUGAUCAUUAUCAUUGUUCAGUUUAAAAUUGCUGUCCCUGCUAAGUUUAGCAAAGGUGAAGAGGAGGUGAUGAGAAAGCGGUCUAUUAACAACAGCACUGGCACACUAUUCACUAAGGCUGUUACAUCAUCACCAACUCUGUUCUCAGACUCUGUCAAUGACCUUGUUAAUAACUUCAGCUUCAAUGUUAUGACUGUCAUGGAUGCCAUUGCUCCAAUUAAGACCAAAGUUAUCUCUCGAAGGAAAAAGUCACCAUGGAGGAACACCACUCUGGUGAAACCUCAAAAAAGAGAGUGUAGGCAGGCUGAACGCAGAAGGCGUAAAACCAAACUCCAGGUACAUUGUGAAAUUUAUAAAGAGAGUCUUCACAUCUAUAGCCAAGAAUUGAAAAAGACAAGUCAGCCUUUUUUUCUGAGAUUAUCAAAAAAUAAUACCAACAGUGCCUGCACUUUACUCACUGUUGUGGAAAGACUGACAAACCCUCUAAUAUCUGCUCCUCCUGAACUGCUGUCAAACAAGUCAUGCAAUGACUUAGCAGCCUUUUUUAUAGAUACAAUUCAGAGUCAAAAUUCAAACAGUAAGCAGCUCAUUUUCAGGCAACUUGGUUAUGUCACCAGUUCCUCCUCAAUCUUCUAAAUAUCUAGAUAAGUUUCAACUCAUUGACCAUGCGUCUCUGACUGAAUCGGUUAAGAAUUUAAAACCCACAACCUGCUGCCUUGAUAUGCUGCCUACAAAUCUAAGUUUUUAAUUGUGUUGCACCACAAAUUAUAAAAAUAGUAAAUUUCCCAAGGCCUUGAAAACUGCAGUAAUCAAACCUCUUAAAAAAAGCCUAAUCUGGAUGCUUCAGUACUAAGUAACUACAAACCGAUAUCAAACCUUGCGUUUCUGUCAAAGAUCAUUGAGAAAGUUGUUUAUCAACAAAUUCACUCUUUUUUGACCCAAAACAAUCUCUGUAAUGCUUUCCAGUCUGGUUUUCGACCAAACCACAGCAAUGAAACUGGACUUAUUAAGGUAUAAAAUGACAUACGUCUUAAUACUGAUGCAUCAAAAACAUCAAUAGUGUUACUUCUGGAUCUCUGUGCUGCAUUCGACACUGUUGACCACAACAUAUCGCUCUGUAGACUGAAGAAGUGGGUCGGACUUUCUGGUACAGUGCUAAAUUGGCUCAAAUCUUAUUUAGAAAAUUUCGCCUUUUUGUCUCACUAGGUAGUUGUGAAUCUGAGCGAACAAAGCUGACAUGUGGGGUCCCCCAGGGCUCCAUCCUCGGGCCACUUUUGUUCAAUAUUUUUGUGCUCCGACUGGAGCAGAUCAUGGAGUAUCAUAACAUCUCGUACCACUUAUGUGCCGAUAACACACAGCUCUAUACCACAGUGUCCUAUAUGACUACAGUCCAUUGCAGUCGCUGAUCAAAUGCAUCCAACAAGUCAAUCAGUGGAUAGGCCAGAACUUUCUCAAACUCAACUGUUUUUAGUUGUGCUUGUGGAAAGUCUAUCACAGGGAUCUGGGGUUAAAAAAUGGCCCAAAGGAGGUCUGAUUUAUGGCCAACAGAGAGGCCAUGAAUAGCCUUAAAGGUACAGUAUUUAGAAUCAUAAGGCAGAGCUAACUUGGUAGAAAUACAAUAAAACAUCAAGUAUGUAAAGAUUUGUGCAUAGAGAUUUGUGCAUUUGUGGGCUGAUUUAAAUAUUAAACAAAUAUGACCAGGUGAAGGCAUGUUGUUUGGUGUCUUAAUUUAAUACAGCACAUCAGAGAAAGUACCUGAGGGCCAAAAUCAUUAACACAAUGAAGUGCAGUUGUUGGAAGUCUCUGUCACCUAUAACCUAUGCAUGGUGUUGGGCGAACCAUGUCUUUCAAAGUCUCAUCUUUAGUUCCUACUGAAAGCUUUUUGCAUCUCUAUUUCUCUUACACUUUAAUCUCCUGUCUGUCUCCUCACAUUCGAAGGCAAAAAGCAGGAAACAUAAACAGUCAGGAGAAAAAACAGAAAAAAAACAGAACUGCUUCAAAGCCACCAGUGGUUAACAACAUCUCUUGUUGUACAGGUUAGCACAGCAGAUUACCUGAUUGGUUUAAUGUAGAAAUACAAUAGAAUAGAAUAGAGAAGAAUAGAAUACUCCUUUUAUUGAUCCCCCAUGGGAGAAUUUUUUUUUGCCACAGCAGCAUCACAAACAAAGAUAGUGCAAAAAUGCAGUUAUAAAAAUAAAGAUCCUAAUAUUAAGAACUUAAAUGUAAUAAUUAAGAAAAAAUUUAGAAAAAGGGAGAAGAAAAGAAAAAUAAAACUAUAUACAAUAUACACAAUUUAAGUACCUGAAAAAAAGUAGUGGUGUGAGUCCAGUUUUAUUACAGUUCGUUGUAAAGUCUUAUUGCAGAAGGGAGGAAUGACCUGCGGUAGCGCUCCGUCUUGGAAGGUGGAAGUCUCAGUCUGCUGCUGAAGGAGCUGCUUAAGGUCCCCACAGUCUGGUUAAGUGGGUGAGAGAGAUUGUCCAUGAUGGAUAUAAGCUUUGCUAACAUCCUCCUCUCACCCACCUCCUCCAGGGAGUCCAAAGAACAGUCCAGGACAGAACUGGCCCUCCUGACCAGUCUGUUCAGUCUCUUCCUGUCCCUCUCGGUGCUCCCUGCCCCCCAGCAGACCACUGCAUAGAAAAGUGCAGAUGCUACCACAGAGUCAUAGAAAGUCCUGAGCAGAGUCCUGCACACUCCAGUCUCCUCAGCAGGUGGAGACAACUUUGGCCCUUCUUGUACAGGACGUCUGUGUUGGUUGAGAGUUGGUUCUUGAUCAUCAAACUAUGAGCGUGGUCUAGACCUGCUCUUGCUCUUUAAAAAGCGUCUUGAGAUGACAACUGUUGUGAAUUGGCGCUAUAUAAAUAAAAUUUGAUUGAUUGAUUGAUUGAAGUAUGAUUGAAGUAGCUCUGAAAGACAUUUGGUCUGAUGGUCUAAAUAUGUCUUUGUAGUGGUUGUGUAUCCCUUUCCUGCUGCUCAACCCCACAUCCACAAACAUCGCCCUGACUGCAUUUAACAACACCUACCAGGAACCCUGGAUUGGAAAGCUGGACCAAAAUAAUGUCUGGAAGUGGAUCGACGACUUCUUGAUGCUUGUAAGACAAAAAAAUUAAUCAGUAUGACAUUUAUUUGGUUCAAUCCCUGACAGUUAUAGACAAAAGUAACCCUGUACUCCAGCUGAAUAAAACAAUCAAGUCAGACUAGAUAUUGCAUCCUUGCAUUCAAAGUAAUUUAGAGAAGAUAUGACAUUUAUGUGACCUCACUCUGUUGUGAUCAACAUUACAGUCAGAAAGAGUGGGCUGCUCAAAAAUUUUAAAAUGACUGCACAGACAUAUCAGAACAAAGCUAUAUUGUUAUAUUCCCAAAUGGCAAUGAUAACUUUUAGCUAUUGACUGAUAUUAAAAGCUUUUUCGUUCAUACACGACACAAAAAAUUAUGCUUCUUUAACAGAGUCCUGCCUACCCCACCUUUAAUUCAAUGUUACAUACCAAUUAGUCUGAUUAGUUCAUUAGUCAUAAGUACAAGCAGCUAUUCCAUUACUCAUCCCUGGCUGAUUGAUAGCACAUAGUAGCAAACUAUCUGUACAAAUGGUAUAUCAGUUUGAAACUGCAGGUUCAUCUGUAGGUUUCCAAAUAUUACUGUUUGUAUUGAAUAAAAACAGCAUCAUUUGUUGUUUUUGGCUUCCUUUAUCAGUAAAAACAAAUGCAUGCAUCCAAAACAAUAUCUGAACCUUGCAAAUUUUAGAUGUUUUACUGUGCAUUGAAAAGGGCUUCACACAAGAAGGUCAGUGCUCCAAAUGUUGUUGAGUCUGAAUUGAGAGAAAGCUAAAACACUAGAGUGGCACUGUGUGACCAAAUAGUAAAUCUUGAAUAGGUGCUGGUUAAGUGAGAAUAAUUCAGAAAAAAAUGGAUCAAUAUUCACUCUCCUUUUCCCCCCUGCUCUGUUCUGUCUUUUCCAGGGUCUUGGUAGUGUCUCUUUUCAGAGCUUCCACCAGAGGACGCUGUCUGCCUGCUCAUCGCUCACAGCUCAGUUAACAUGCUAUGCAGCUGCUGUUGUUAUUGCCAUACUGGGGAUCCCGCCUGUUUUGAUCGGCGCUAUUGCUGCCUCUACAGGUGAGAACAUCAUGAAACCUUUAAACAGGAAUUCUUGGUAUUGUUGGACCAAACUGCAGUGUAAAUAACACAAACAAUACUUCUUUAUAAAUGGCCUCCAUAAAUCCAUGGCUUCUACAGAUAACACAGAGUUACUCUGACUCAUUGAGUACAGAUAACAAAGAGUGUAUAGGUGGAUGCAUAUUUUUCUGCUUGGGGGGUUUCAACAGAGAUCUGUCAGUGCUUGGAUCUCAGGUAUAACAGGCUUAUCCAGGUAAGAGUCAAUGUAAAAAAGGAAAACACUCUAGAUACCAGACAUUUCUGUGAGCUUACUUACUCUAAGAAGCCCAUUUCUUAUUUCCUGAAAGCCACAGAGAGAUUGCUCAGUGAUAAACACAGUUGCAGUUGCAUAUGCCCCUACUGUAACACUCUUGUUUCUUUUAUCCAGGAAACACUAAGCCAUUUUUAGCUUUUAAAGUCUCAGGCAAAAAUUACUUUUCAUUAUAAGCUGAUUUAGCUGACAUGUAUGAGAACUGAUACCACAUCUUUGUUUUUUCGAGUAUAAGUUUGACUUAAUUUUUUAAACAUUGAGAAAUUAAUUUAUUUAAUACUAAUGUGCCAGUAUAUUUCCAUUUGAGAGGAUAGGCAGCAGACAGGAUGACUUAAAACUCAAUGUAACUAAAGAUAGGAUUAUUCACAUCAAGAUAAGAUUAAACCAGCAUGUGGACUCAUCUCUGGCUGCUGGUGUUCUCUGCUGUUUGUUAUUUAUGGAAUUUGUUGUUGUUACCACAGUGUAAUUUCCAAAGCCAUGGAGUGAUUUCCAAACCCAGUUUCAGGAGGGCAGGGUUGGUUAUUCUGCUAUGUGUUUCACAAUUUGUUUUCACAAUUCAUGAGAUUUACAACGGGUUUUAUUACAGUAUCAAAGUCAGCUUAAUUGGCCAAGUAUGUUACGUAUACCAUCAGUUAAAUUCUGGUAAACUUAUUCUCUCUCUAUGUAUGAGCAGUAAACAAUAAAUACCGAACUUACAUGUGUAAGACUGUAUUUAACAGUAGACUAGUACAUUCAAAGCUGUGUAAGACAGUUGUGACUAUAGUCAUGAUGAAUCAGCCUAAUAAAAUAUGUAUAAGAGAUGAGUUUAUUUAGAUAGCCCUCAAAAUUAUACAUUAAGCAUAGUGCAUCUAUAAUAUUCUGAUUAUGUUAAUGCCUUUAAACAAUGAAAGAUAAUGCCUUGUUGUUUUCUUGUGAUAACAUCAAGUCCCUCUGGUGGUCAUGUGUAAAGGUAUAUUUGGCUGUUUCCAACAUGUUUUCUAAGCUUUUGUUCAUUUAAAAAACACAUCACAGGUUCAGCCCCUGUGGUUAUCCGCAGCGUCUCAGUUUCUGAACAUAUUAUCCAUGCAGUGAUCAGAGUUGGUUGGGUUGUGAUAAUAAAACACCAAAACAAACAGGGUGAGUGCUCAAGAAGAAUUCACAUGGCCAGUGUUUAAGAUCAAAAACUAUUGUUUCCUUUGGUGCUACGAACUGACAGUUGUGUUGGUAUUUGCAACCAGAGACAGAGCAGCUGACAUGUUUGGUAACUGUUUGGCCCUAACCUUUGAAAUCUUGACUGUGCAACACCAAAGCAAAACCAGAAUAACCUUAAUAACUUCAACCACUAUUAGAGGUUGGUGUCAGAUGACAGUGAGUGAUACAUUUACUGUUGACAGAAGCAGGAUUAGACUUUUGCCAAAAACAGGACUUUCACACGUACAGGACAGAAUCUGCAAAGAUCUAUCACAGAAUUUUGGCCAGUAUUCAGUGUGAGUGCUACACAGCUGUUGUGUCUCUUGUCUAGACUGGAAUCAAACGCUGUAUGGUUCUCCAUCUCCGUUUGCACGUGGUGAGGACAGCUUGGUCCUGCCCCUGACUCUGCAGUACCUUACUCCAUCUUACAUCUCCAUCAUUGGGAUCGGAGCUGUAGCUGCUGCUGUCAUGUCAUCCACAGACUCGGGCCUGUUGUCUGCCACUUCUGUGUUCUCUUCAAAUAUCUACAAAAACAUCCUGCGUAAACAGGUAAAGAGGAAAACAGCUCAGAAGGGCAGCAGCUCAGUCAAACGGGUGAUAAAUUUAAGGAUAUCCUGUUUUCUCACUGAAGUUGUUCAAAAACGAACAUGCAGCUGUCAUUAAUUUUAUCUGGCACGCUGAACAAUUUAUAGAACACAUUGUGUAAAAAGCAAGUGAACUCCCACCCAUGUUGGUAGUAGAAAGGUUGAAAUCUGCCUCUGUGUAGCUCUACCUCUUAAGUAACCAACUGGGGUCGGACAUGCCCUGAUUAACUCGACACCCGUUAGACUGCUCACUUUAAAUGGUUUAACAUCUUUAAAGCUCAGGAAAAUAAAAAGUCCUUUCUUAUGUGUUUAGGCAUCAGACUUUGAAAUGCAGUGGGUGAUCCGGGUCACAGUGGUGAUAGUGGGUCUGAUUGGGACAUCCAUCACCUUCUACACCAACAGCACCCUGCUCCUCUGGAUCCUCGGAGCAGAUGUCUCCUACACCCUGUUGUUUCCUCACCUAAUCUCCAUUCUCUUCUUCAAUGUAACGAACGGCUAUGGUGCGAUGACAGGUUACCUCGUAGGACUGACUGUCAGGAUCUUGUUGGGGGAGAACACGGUUGGACUUCCUGUUGUUCUCUGUCUUCCUGGGUGCACACUGCAAGAUGGCGUCUACAUCCAAAAGGCCCCUGUCAGGACAAUCACCAUGCUUUGCACUACUGUAACCAUCUUGUCUUUUUCCUGGCUGGCUGCAUCCAUGUUCAACCACAGCCUAGUGCCUGAGAGGUGGGAUGUUUUUAAAGUAAAAAGUGGUGUCAUUGUUUCAGCAGCAGACAGUGUCACACAGAAUCAUAAAGAAGAAACUGAAAGUGAAGCUGAGUGUGACGAGAAUGGACUCGUGUUACGGCCAAUGACAGAGUCAUGACUGUUUCUCCUUCCUUUUGAGAAGUAUCUUGUCUAAAUUCUAACAAGAUCUGUGUGUUUUCAGAUGAAUAUUUAGUUUAAAUUUUUCUUUGGAGGGGGAAGUGUUUUUUUUUUUCUUUCUUUCUUGAAGUGGGGUUGUAAAAGGCACUGUUUGUCAAUAGUACGUGUAGUAAGUGUGGUCAGCUGGGCCUCUUUGUUGAGAAACCAGAACAAGAACUAGAAUGGAAGCUGGGCCUCUUGCUUUCAAAGUGGCACUGAUGGGGAUGUUGCAAGGGGCCCCCCAAAAGUUAUAAUACAAAUAGAAUGGGUAAAACUUUUUAUAAAACACUGCAAAUCAAAAUUUCAUGCUUUAAACUCAAGUGACACUAACCGUUACACACAGGCUCAACUGUGCCCCUAUCUCAAAAAGUUGUUCAAUCAUGGCAACAGUCUAAACGUGAAGAUUUGUUGUGUUCUGUUAUUGGCCUUUUUUAUUCACUAUAAAAAUAGUGUGGUUGUUUGGCUGCUGUAUCAUUUUAGGUUGCUCUGAUGUCAGUGCCUGUCCACCUUCAAUAAUGGUGGGGAUCACCAGUCUUUUGUUCAGUUAUUUGGAGGAUUUUUAUAUGAAAAGUUUGGGAACCUUUCAGCCAUGCUACCUAGCUGCUCCAAAGUCAUCUCGAUCAAGUAAUUCAGCUAAUUUUAACAAAGUCUGAGUUAAACUAGUGGACAGUUGUAAGCCUGCACUCAGGUCCUGCUGGCCCCCAAAGCUGAUCACUGUGCAACAUGCGGAGGAGCACUUAUGAGACACUUCUGCAAAUGGCUCAACAACAAAUGGGGUUAGUGGCGACAAAGAAAAGCACUGACUUUUUCUCCAUUAGCUAAAUCACUGUAGAGUUGACCUUGUCUGCAGCAUUGAUAGCCUAACAUCUGUGCUGGCUGUUUUCUCAACUUAGGGGCCAAGCUGACCAGGUCCACUGUGGUUGAUACUUCUACAAGGACUUCAUACACCCAUUCUUUCAAAGAAUCAGACUACUUCUCAAAGAUGCUCACUGAUAUUAGAUGCUGAUGAGGGUUGUUGUUUUUUACUUUGACACUACCCUUUAUUGAAUAAAUGGAUCAUCAUAUUGUAUUAUGGUGAUCAACAGAUUCCAUUUUAUUCAGACGCUCACAGUUCUAUGGAUUUUUCAAGAUUUAGGCGAGUUUAGGCCAAACUCCAUGAGAUGAAGAAGUAGUUUUGAAGUGAAAUUUUUAACUGUCUCUAACUCUGGAGAUUACAAAAUCAUCACUUAAAAAGUUUAAUGGCCACCAGAUGUGAGACCAGAAAUAUUAUAACAACCAUGCAAGGCUUUAAUUGGGAAACUUGCAAAGACAGAAAGAAACAUAGAUGUAUCGGACGGAAGACUGGGGGGAGGGGUCACUGACUCUGAGCUGAAACCCAUCAGGAAAAUCAUCCAAUCUGAAAUCACAGGGACAGGAAUCUAAGGGUCUAAAAUAGAGAGGUCAAGAUAAAAUAAAAUAUGACAUAAGUUAUUCAUGCAUCAAAUAAAAACAGAUUUGGUGUAACAUUGCAAACAUUUCUCAGUAGAUUUAGCAAUUCUACCCUCCAAUAACGAGCUCUUCUAUUUUCACUGGUGCACAUUCACCUCAGCGGCCCACAAGUUAUUGCUGGCACGAGACAUCUCCCUGCCACCGUCUUUGCUUUCUGGCAGCCCUCGACUCUUGGCUCGGGUGGCCUCUUCCCCCUCCAUACACUCUGAUUUCUCAAUGGUGUACUCUGGCACAAAUAAGUACCACAGAAAUUCUGAUUCCAGAGUAUCACUAUUAAAACCAUUACCCUGAUUUGAGACAGGAUGUUUUAAUUUGUGAGCACUGAAAAGCAGCUUCUCUAUUUGUCCAGCUUUCCAUGAAGGCAGGCGUGGAAGAAACAGAAACUUUAAUCUGUAGUUCGAACUGCAGCCAGAAAGAGUAUGAAGCUUUGGAGGGCUGAUUUUGACUUACCUUAGUUUCAGAAAUUGUUACGACACAAAGAUUAUUGAAAGUCAUUUUAUAUGGACAGGGUUUAAUUAAAGCUAACUACAUUCUCUAAAGAAUUUGGUUAUUUAACCAACUGAAGGACUCAUUGAGGACAUGCACUGACUAGAAGCUUUUAGGAAACUCAGACAAGCUUUUGUUUGUAAGAUUUAUCUGGGGAGUGUUUUAACACUCCUUCACCACAGGUCAGCUCUUAGAUCCCCAAACACUGUAACCUGUAUCAUAACCACUAACCAUAGCUCGACUUUACCGUGCAUGCAACAGAGGACAGUGGACAAAGUGAUACCUCAGCUACCUUUGAUGAUUUAGUCCUAAACAUUUAUUGGUGGUGCCUUUUAACUGUGACAUAUAUCACUCACUGUUAGUAUUUGCUGUUGAAAACAUUAAGCCUCUUCCUUUUAUGAGCUGUCAAUAGUCUUGACUGACAGCCACUUCCUUUGAGAGGUUAUAUGCAUCAAAAAUUCGCACAUAAAGUUUGUCAUUCUUGUGGUCGAUGGACUUGUUCACUUUAGUGGGUCAACAAAGGGGGUCAUUGUAAAAUUCAGUCUGUUUCAUAGCCGGGUAAAAACUCAUAGAAGCUGAAAUAAAAAAAUACAUAUAUCUUAUGUAAUCGCUGAAGAGCAUAAAUCAUAUAGCUCCACUCCUCCUUAAGUUAUGUAAUAAUUUGUUUCUCAAUAGAUCAUGCCAGUGAGCUAUAUUUGCCCCCACAUAAGUGUAACACAAGCCCUGAAGGGCAGAUUAAUAUCAGCAGCCGGCUGUGCUCUACCAUUGGCUCUGGAGCUGAAACAUGGCCGAUCCAUGCUGCAAAAACAGAACAUGGUAAUAUUGAUUUUGAGUGCACAGUGUUAUUCACUUUAGGGACACCACACUUAUGGAGCUGUAUGAGGUGAGAUCCAAGCUGGAGAGAGCCUUUAGACUGAUUUAGUGAUUUGUUAGGAGCUGACCUUGUGUUAGCAGUAGGCUUUCACCAUGUGCCUCUGUCUCAGAGGAAUGAUGCAUGGGACCUAAUAGGGCCGCUGAGGUUGGAUGUGGGUCAAUCUAUUUUGGAACAGGAAGACUUGACUAACUUGCGUCAUAAAUUUAGACAAGAUUCCCUGACCUACAUGUUUCUUUGUGAUGAGACUGGUGUCGCUAAGAUCCCAGCAGCCACCCUGUUACCCAAGCCCUCGGUUUAGAGACCAAAAUAGUCCUCAAGUGUUUGGUGACUUGCUUUACGCGGGGGGGGGGGGGCAUGCUGUAUUUUAAGCCAAUAAGACAGCUGUUUCACAUUUCAGAAAAAGGUUGAAACAGGAUCUAAUGUUGCCCGGCUCAUAAACAACCUUAGACCCGGUUAGUGUUAUGUUAUAGCCAAAGUCAAGUAGCAGUUUGUGCCAUAGCCUUUCACUUAGACCAGUGUACUUUUUUAAAACCUUUGUAAAGUGAACGGAUAUGUCAGUGAAAUAUACAAUGAGUGUUGUCACAAAGUAAUAAAACCUGACAGACAAAUAAAAAAAAUUUGUCCAGGGUGGUACCAGGUACAGAUUUUUUAUUUCGACCUAUCAAACAGUUCAAUAAACACCAUCAUAGACCUGUUCUGUUUGGUCUAGUUCUGUGCCAUCCAGCUCUUUGAGACCUAAAAUGUUUCUCCCUCUUUCUCUGCCACUGUAGCUACCAGAAAUCUUUGUGUGAAUUGAUUUGACUGGAUUUAAACCUAGAAAAUUCCUAAUCAGUACUCUGUCUAUUGGUCUGCUAUUCACAGUAAUAUGUCUGUGACAGAGAUACACCAGAUUGUAGGAUGCUUUAAUGAAAAAGCAAGUAUUUAACAGCCCUGCCAUAGUAAAUCACAAAUUUAUCAUCCUAGCAGGGCCACUGACUGUUAAAGUGUGCUUUUUGUUGUUGUUGUGGUUUUUUUGGCUUCACAUCUCUCAGUUGGUAGAAAUUGCUCUUGUGAGCAUCAACUGUAAAAUCUUUGAAAACAAAAUACACAAUUUGUUGUGUCCUAACCCCAGACAGAAACUGUAGCUGGACAAUACAUGUGGGCAUAAACACACAUGCCAGCCCUCUUAAAAAUAAUUAAUUACUAGGGCCCUAUAAAAACAUAAACACAAUCUUACUGAUAAAUACCUCUGAGUUUUCUUCUGCAUCUCCCAAGUCCUGGGGUGGUUAAUGCUGGAGUCCAAGUCGUAUCCUAGUCCUGGACUCCAGUACUAGAGUGCCACCUUAAGUGUUGCUUUUGGGACCAGGUACUGUAUUAAUAUACAUAGAUCAAUAAAUACUUGUACUUGAUAUGUGUUCAUUUAUCAGGUCAAGUAGAGCAGGAGAUGAAAUGAAAUGUUGAUUUUUUUCUCUAAAAAUGAUAAAAUCUCUGGAGUACUUAAGAAAAAAGAAGAGCAACGGUGAGUUUAAGACAGAGGUUUAUGUCAUGACUAAUAAAUAGAAAAUAAGCUAUAACUCCAUAUUAAAACAAAGGUUCAAGAGCCACACUAACCUGACAGAGUAUUCACUGGGGGAGAUUUUGUCACAGACCCAAAUACAUAACACCAUGUGUUUCUUGUGAGCACUCAUACUGUAACCUACACUGUAAUGUACACUAAAACUUUCUCUGCAAGGAGAAGCACGUCUACAAAACAACCACCCAAGAGACCACCACCAGCAGGCUAAUCCUACUGCAUGCAAGGAUGUGAAACCCACUUGUACUCCCUGCCACUUCUGAGAAAGCAGCAUCGGUCACCUGGGGCCUGUUCUACGAAGCAGGAUCACUGCUUAGAGAGGUAACUUCGAGGGUAAGUUCGGGGUUUCCUGUUCUACGAUGCAGGUUCACUUCUUAGCGAGGCGAGUCUCCAUGACAAUGUACGCUGAACGGCUAACCUGCUCCGGGGCAGGUUAGGUUCCAGAUUGAACUCACAGAGUAUAAAAACCCCGCCCACUGAUCAAUGAGCUCUCUCGAAAAAUGGCUUGUCCAGGAUCUAUAGACCUCGGUGCUCGCAUUGUCCGAGGAGCACCCCGGCGCGCGAGAGUUUUCAGGGACCGCACGGACCCACUUCCUUUUCCAGAUGACCACCUUUAUAAAAGGCUCAUAUGGCCGACAUAUCACACUAAAAAUUUAAACACGUAAGGAAUGAACAAAUGAAUGAAUUCAUCUUGGAAAUGAAUGGGCUGCAUGGGCUGUGUGAUCACAGACAACAUCUCCAGUUUUAAAGACCCACUCUGAUGUCUAUAUGUUCAUAUGGCAUUUCUCUGACACUGAAGGACAUAUGAGAAAUCUAAGAUCAAAAUUGCAUUUCUGAGUAUUUCUGCAUUCAAAUCACUGUGAAUCUCUGGCAGACCCAAAUGGCAGGUUCAGACUCAGCGGGAUUUUCAACGUCACAAACCCAAGCUCCGCCCAAGUGCCCCACUCUGCAGGCCAACUCUGCAGUGUGUACAGAAGUAGACAGCAAUGCUUGUAAGAAAGCUAAUCAUGAUAUUAGCUUUCAUCAUGUCUCCAAAGACAUUAGUGUCCAAAAGCUGAAUAGCUCCUAUAUUACCUGCCACAUUAGGCUGCAAGCUAGAGUGAAGAGGAGUUUGAAGUGGAGGGUGCAGAGCAGUGCUGUCUCUGCCCACAACUCAAGUGAAUUGCUAAUGAGCUACUGGAGCUCUGCAGAAGCAAAAAGCCCUUGAAAAUGACACUGUUAAUGUGAUUUUAGCUAAAAACGUCAUAAUCACAAUUUUAAAACCACUGAGAACACUUUCAAUAGUAAAAAAACAAAAAAACUAUCAGAGUGGGACUUUGAAAAGAGUUUUGUCCAAAGGGGUCCUCUCUAAGGAUCUUGACUGGUCUGUGCAGUCUCCUUGAAUACAGCUGAGUGGUUCCAGGAUGUUGGGGCUAACUAUCCAGCCUUCCUGAGGUGUCAUGGGUCAAAACAGUGGUGAAUGGAGGUAACCCUGCUUAAGUGCUAGCUCUCACUGACCAUCUAACCCCAUCCAUCCUUCAGCCCGUGUAUUGGGGGACAUAAGAGGCCCAUGCUAGAUGAUGUCAUUUAUCGCUGCACCAUGAAUGUUGGAAUGGAAUUGAAAUGGGAUAGGCUUCUUUACGAGUGCUUAUCUUUUUCAUUAGAGCACGAGCUCUGGUGUUUAUUUUAAAAUGAGUCCACCUGCUCCUCACAGCAGUUAUGAGUAAGUCAUGAGAGACACUUUGACUUCCUCUAAGAUUUCCCAGUUGAGUACAGAUCCUCACAGGGCAGCAGUUGGGUCUAAAAUUAUAAUAAAGGUGACAAAAUGAUACCUUUGUUUUGAAUUUUUUUCGAUGAGCAAUGAAAAUAAAAUAUGUCAUGUCCUGUUUUGUUUUUCAGCUGCUUGUUUCUUUCAUUUUUUUUCAUUUCCUCUCUUUCUGCUGGUUAACACAGCCCUCAUCUUCUUAUCAGCUGCUUCGCUCUGAUUCCAUCAGUCCGUUAAUUUGUUUUCUCUAACCUCAACAUUCCUCAGAUACCCGGCAGACUUGCUUCCUUCAUCAGCCUGACCUGAUCUUUUAGCCUCUUUGUGGCUUUAUAUUGAGGGUUCUCACUGCUCCUCUGUGCUUGCUUGUUUAUCCACUUAAUGUCUCAUCCAGUUCCUGUUUUCAUGUUCUUGCCAGUUCCUAAUUUUGUUUUCAUGUUCCUUGAGUAUUCCUGAAUACUCCUGAUCUGAUGUCUGUCUGUCAUUCUGAAGCUCUUACAGUCCAAACCUGACUCUGUGUUUUAGUCACAAAUUCCACUGUUAGAGUUGGUUUCUGUUCCUGGCUUCCUUUUUUGUUUUUGGCCUUUCCUGAGCCUCAGACCAUGCAGGCACCUAUCAUCACCCCACCCCUCUCCCUGUUCCAGUCACUGUGUCUUUAUUCUUGGCCGAACUUUGGCUCCAUGAUGUGUUGCCAACAUUCUGCGUGUUCUUGACUCUCCAUGCCAUUGCCUGAUCAAACCUGCUUGCAUGUUGACAGCUGCUGAAAGACCUUGUCCCCAUAAACUGCCUUUUAACUCUAUCUCUUCUGUACUUGUGUCCGCAUUUUAGUCCAGCUUCAUAUCUGCAUUACCAGGUUCAUGACAAGUUUAAUGAGUUCUAGUAAUCUGUAUCCCGUGUUGGACCCCUGCCCAUCAGCUUGAAUAAUUUAAUUGGCGCUUCGUGUCUCAUUACAGUUUAGGUCUUUCAUGGGUUGCUGCUUUUUUCUAGGUAUAACUGUCAGUGUAGUGGUGGACUCUGACUCGACUUCUUUUCGUAAACUUGACUUACAUGACAUAACAUGAGUUGAUGAAUAAUCUGCAAGAUAAGAAAAAACAUGAUGUUGAGAAUUUAAACAGGUGUCUGAAAAAUCUCAACCUUAUAGUGAGACUGUUUAAUGACCCACAAAAGAAGUUACAAUUAUAACCAACAAAAUUUAGAAACUAUUAAAGAUAUUCCUGAAGCUACCCCUGCUGUUAUGAUGUUGGAUUUCUACCCUCAAUCUUAAUCAAUCAUUUUCAAUUCAGAUAGCGCCAAAUCACAAUAGUCGUUCUCCCAAAUCCCUUCUCAAAAGAGCAGAUCUAGACCAAAGUCAUUGUUUUCUGCAUCACAAAGAUGGAAAAGAUUUGACCCAUCUCAAACCAGCAUGAUUGAAGCACUUUCUGGUGGCAAGGAAAAACUUUUCUUUUAACAGGCAGAAACCUUUAGCAGAACCAGACUCAUGUUAGACAGCUACCAGCUUGUGGAAGAGGGGGGAUAGAUGGAUACCAAUAACAACAGCAGCAGCUCAGUCCUGGUUACAGAGCCAAUAAUAAUGGAAGAAUAUAAGUUCAGUUUACAGGAACAGGAAAUAAGUAAUAACGGACUAUGGUAAAUUAAUGUUACGUGAUUAAUUUCCCUUUGGAGAUCAAUGAAGUUCUUCUUCUUCUUCUUCUUCCAGCAGUCUGAACUAUUAGCAGCAACUAUAAACUAUACCUAAGUCCCAAAAUUCCUGUUGUUACACCAAAAAUAUUUAUUUCAACUAUUUUAAAUGUGUUCAAUAUGGGUCUUCAAUUUGUUAUCUACUGCCACAGGUACCAGACUUUUAUAUGAAGCAGGCUAUUAUUAGAGGCAGGUCUUUACCUCUCCGAUCUCCUCCACAUCGCCACCCCCUCACGCUCCCUCAGAUCCUCCUCCUCCUCCCUCCACCUCUCUGUGCCCUCUGCCCGGCUCAGCAUCAUGGGGAGCAGGGCUUUCAGUCGCUCUGCUCCCAAACUCUGGAACUCUCUCCCCCCGGAUCUCAGAAACAUGGACACCUCAAAUCAAAACUCAAAACACAUCUGUUUCAAAUUGCAUAUUCUCUUUAACUGUCCACCUUCAUACUUGUAUGUUGUUUUUAUUUAUUUUAAUUGUGUUUCUAACUGUGUUUUUAAUGCCCUGUACAGUGUCCUUGAGUGUCCAGAAAGGCGCUUUUAAAUAAAAUGUAUUAUUAUUGUUAUUAUUAUUACUUAUAAUAAUUUUUGCCAGUCUCAGAGAACUAUAAGUGCUCAUAUUUUAAAUAAAGUCAGGGUCAUACUCUCAAACUCCAGCUAAGACAUUACAUUAUUCCCAAAGCACAAAGGGUUUACUGCUUUAUCCAGAGGAAAUCACAUCUCUCUCUCUCUCUGUAAAUUAGCCUUAUUACUGCUCUUAAUUGACUACAGCUCCUCCUUUAAUACUAGUACUCCAACCGUACUGAUCAGCACACUACUCCACCUUGGCCUUUCCAGUCACCUCUGGACCGUGAGCAUAUACUUCUUAACAAACUACCCUUAAUCUGUCAUCUCACCUCUUCUCCACCCUCAUACUUAGCACUGGCUUCCCACAGGGCUGCAUGCUGAGUCCACUCCUGUACUCUCCCUUCACUCACGACUGUAAAUCUUCCCA